AUGAGCGCGGACUGCACGAGCUACUACAACGCAGAGAAAGUGCUCGUAAACGAGUUCACGUGCCCUAAACCGGACAGCGAUGCACGAGCGCUUUUCUGUUGCGGCUUCAAUGACAUGAAAUACUGUUGUGAUGACCCCAACAGUUUUUUCCCAUAUGAGUAUGGAUACAUGUGGUGGUUGAGGUAAGAAGAAGAAUGUAACUAUGCUAAUGUAUAGGGAAUGCACAUGACACUUUGCACUGCACUCUUUAUUUUAUACAGUGAAUCCCUCUCUAGCAACUCCCAAAUGUUAUAGGUGUAGUGGUGUAUUGGUGUAUUGAUGAAAAGGUGUAUUGGUGUAUUGGUGAAAAGCAACUACAAUCCUAGAAGCCAUGCAUCAAUGUCUCCAUCAUGAUCAACACAUCACAGGAAGGUGCUUGUUGUAUUAUGUGAACCUAUAAGUGAAAAUGAAUGCUGUCAUGUCACAACAUUAACAUAUUCAUAUAAAACAAAUCUAAUGAUGAUGCAGCCAGUGGAUUUGAGAAUGAGAACACACUCAUUUACAGCGACCUGUGCAGUAUUGCAGUUGAGGAGAGGUGAAGACUUCAAUAAGUAAAUUAGUAGGAGCUGUGGAUAAUUAGGUGCUCUUCAUAUUAUGAGGAACCAGAUCUGAGUGUCUACAAAAAUGCAUUGAAAUAUCAGAGAAUAGCCUACCGGAGUCAAAGUGCUAAACUUGAAGGGAAUUUCGUGUAUGGGUCUUUCUUUAUUGAAUUUCAACUUUAUGUCACAAAUAGGUCUGCAAAAUGCAUUGACAUAUGAAAUUGGUGUUCCAGUGACAGUAACGUUCCAUAAACACUUUCCAUUAACACUUAAUUUGACUUUUAGCCAGUGAUACAAAAGCUAUUUAUUUUAAUUUUAAUUUUAUUUUAUUUAACCUUUAUUUAACCAGGUAAGCCAGUUGAGAACAAGUUCUCAUUUACAACUGCGACUUGGCCAAGAUAAAGCAGUGCGAUUAAAAACAACAACACAGAGUUACAGUGAGGGAAAAAAGUAUUUGAUCCCCUACUGAUUUUGUAAGUUUGCCCACUGACAAAGACAUGAUCAGUCUAUAAUUUUAAUGGUAUGUUUAUUUGAACAGUGAGAGACAGAAUAACAACAACAAAAUCCAGAAAAACGCAUGUCAAAAAUCUUAUACAUUAAUUUGCAUUUUAAUGAGGGAAAUAAGUAUUUGACCCCUCUGCAAAACAUGACUUAGUACUUGGUGGCAAAACCCUUGUUGGCAAUCACAGAGGUCAGACGUUUCUUGUAGUUGGCCACCAGGUUUGCACACAUCUCAGGAGGGAUUUUGUCCCACUCCUCUUUGCAGAUCUUCUCUAAGUCAUUAAGGUUUCGAGGCUGAUGUUUGGCAACUCGAACCUUCAGCUCCCUCCACAGAUUUUCUAUGGGAUUAACGUCUGGAGACUGGCUAGGCCACUCCAGGACCUUAAUAUGCUUCUUCUUGAACCACUCCUUUGUUGCCUUAGCCGUGUGUUUUGGGUCAUUGUCAUGCUGGAAUACCCAUCCACAACCCAUUUUCAAUGCCCUGGCUGAGGGAAAGAGGUUCUCACCCAAGAUUUGACGGUACAUGGCCCCGUCCAUCGUCCCUUUGAUGCGGUGAAGUUGUCCUGUCACCUUAGCAGAAAAACACCCCCAAAGCAUAAUGUUUCCACCUCCAUGUUUGACGGUGGGGAUUGUGUUCUUGGGGUCAUAGGCAGCAUUCCUCCUCCUCCAAACACGGCGAGUUGAGUUGAUGCCAAAGACCUCGAUUUUGGUCUCAUCUGACCACAACACUUUCACCCAGUUCUCCUCUGAAUCAUUCAGAUGUUCAUUGGCAAACUUCAGACGGGCCUGUAUAUGUGCUUUCUUGAGCAGGUGGACCUUGCCGGCGCUGCAGGAUUUCAGUUCUUCACGGCAUAAUGUGUUACCAAUUGUUUUCUUGGUGACUAUGGUCCCAGCUGCCUUGAGAUCAUUGACAAGAUCCUCCCGUGUAGUUCUGGGCUGAUUCCUCACCGUUCUCAUGAUCAUUGCAACUCCACGAGGUGAGAUCUUGCAUGGAGCCCCAGGCUGAGGGAGAUUGACAGUUAUUUUGUGUUUCUUCCAUUUGCGAAUAAUCGCACCAACUGUUGUCAUCUUCUCACCAAGCUGCUUGGUGAUGGUCUUGUAGCCCAUUCCAGCCUUGUGUAGGUCUACAAUCUUGUCCCUGACAUCCUAGGAGAGCUCUUUAGUCUUGGCCAUGAGGGAGAGUUUGGAAUCUGAUUGAUUGAUUGCUUCUGUGGACAGGUGUCUUUUAUACAGGUAACAAGCUGAGAUUAGGAGCACUCCCUUUAAGAGUGUGCUCCUAAUCUCAGCUCGUUACCUGUAUAAAAGACAUCUGGGAGCCAGAAAUCUUUCUGAUUGAGAGGGGGUCAAAUACUUAUUUCCCUCAUUAAAAUGGAAAUCAAUUUAUAACAUUUUUGACAUGCGUUUUUCUGGAUUUUUUUGUUGUUAUUCUGUCUCUCACUGUUCAAAUAAACCUACCAUUAAAAUUAUAGACUGAUCAUUUCUUUGUCAGUGGGCAAACAUACAAAAUCAGCAGGGGAUCAAAUACUUUUUUCCCUCACUGUACAUAUGGGGUUAAACAAAACGUAAAGUCAAAAAAUACAACAGAAAAUAUAUAUACAGUGUGUGCAAAUGUAGCAAGUUAUGGAGGUAAGGCAAUAAAUAGGCUAUAGUGCAAAAUAAUUACAAUUAGUAUUAACACUGGAAUGAUAAAUAUGCAAGAGAUUAUGUGCAAAUAGAGAUACUGGGGUGCAAAUGAGCAAAAUAAAUAACAAGAUAGGGAUAAGGUAGUUGGGUGGGCUAAUUUCAGAUGGGCUGUGUACAGGUGCAGUGAUCGGUAAGGUGCUCUGACAACUGAUGCUUAAAGUUAGUGAGGGAGAUAAGAGUCUCCAGCUUCAGAGAUUUUUGCAAUUCGUUCCAGUCAUUGGCAGCAGAGAACUGGAAGGAAUGGCGGCCAAAGGAGGUGUUGGCUUUGGGGAUGACCAGUGAGAUAUACCUGCUGGAGCGCAUACUACGGGUGGGUGUUGCUAUGGUGACCAAUGAGCUAAGAUAAGGCUGGGAUUUGCCUAGCAGUGAUUUAUAGAUGGCCUGGAGCCAGUGGGUUUGACGACGAACAUGUAAUGAGGACCAGCCAACAAGAGCGUACAGGUCACAGUGGUGGGUAGUGUAUGGGGCUUUGGAGACAAAACGGAUGGCACUGUGAUAGACUACAUCCAAUUUGCUGAGUAGAGUGUUGGAGGCUAUUUUGUAAAUGACAUCGCCAAAGUCAAGGAUCGGUAGGAUAGUUAGUUUUACGAGGGCAUGUUUGGCAGCAUGAGUGAAAUAGGCUUUGUUGCGAAAUAGGAAGCCGAUUCUAGAUUUAACUUUGGAUUGGAGAUUCUUAAUGUGAGUCUGGAAGGAGAGUUUACAGUCUAACCAGACACCUAGGUAUUUGUAGUUGUCCACACACUCUAGGUCAGACCCGUCGAGAGUAGUGAUUCUAGUCGGGUGGGCGGGUGCCAGCAGCGUUCGAUUGAAGAGCAUGCAUUUAGUUUUACUAGUGUUUAAAAGCAGUUGGAGGCUACUGAAGGAGUGUUGUAUGGCAUUGAAGCUCGUUUGGAGGUUUGUUAACACAGUGUCAAAUGAAGGGCCAGAUGUAUACAAAAUGGUGUCGUCUGCGUAGAGGUGGAUCUGAGAGUCACCAGCAGCAAGAGCGACAUCAUUGAUAUACACAGAGAAAAGAGUCGGCCCAAGAAUUGAACCCUGUGGCACCCCAUAGAGACUGCCAUAGGUCCAGACAACAGGCCCUCCGAUUUGACACAUUGAACUCUAUCUGAGAAGUAGUUGGUGAACCAGGCGAGGCAGUCAUUUGAGAAACCAAGGCUAUUUAGUCUGCCAAUAAGAAUGCGGUGGUUGACAGAGUCGAAAGCCUUGGCCAGGUCGAUGAAGACGGCUGCACAGUACUGUCUAUUAUCGAUCGCGGUUAUAAUAUCGUUUAGGACCUUGAGCGUGGCUGAAGUGCACCUAUGACCAGCUCGGAAACCGGAUUGCAUAGCGAAGAAGGUACGGUGGGAUUCGAAAUGGUCGGUGAUCUGUUUGUUAACUUGGCUUUCAAAAACUUUCGAAAGGCAGGGCAGGAUGGAUAUAGGUCUGUAACAGUUUGGAUCUAGAGUGUCAUCCCCUUUGAAGAGGGGGAUGACCGCGGCAGCUUUCCAAUCUCUGGGGAUCUCAGACGUUACGAAAGAGAGGUUGAACAGGCUAGUAAUAGGGGUUGCGACAAUUUCGGUGGCUAGUUUUAGAAAGAAAGGGUCCAGAUUGUCUAGCCCAGCUGAUUUGUAGGGGACCAGAUUGUGCAGCUCUUUCAGAACAUCAGCUGUCUGAAUUUGUGUGAAGGAGAAGCGGGAGGGGGGGGGGGGGGGGGGGGGGGGGCAUGGGCAAGUUGCAGCGGAGGGUGCAGAGCUGGUGGCCGGGGUAGUGGUAGCCAGGUGGAACGCAUGGCCAGCUGUAGAAAAAUGCUUGUUGAAAUUCUCGAUUAUUGUAGAUUUAUCGAUGGUGAUAGUGUUUCCUAGCCUCAGUGCAGUGGGCAGCUGGGAGGAAGUGCUCUUAUUCUCCAUGGACUUUACAGUGUCCCAAAACUUUUUGGAGUUAGUGCUACAGGAUGCACAUUUCUGUUUGAAAAAGUUAGCCUUUGCUUUCCUAACUGCUUGUGUAUAUUGGUUCCUAACUUCCCUGAAAAGUUGCAUAUCGCGGGGGCUAUUUGAUGCAUAACGCCACAGGAUGUUUUUGUGCUGGUCAAGGGCAGUCAAGUCUGAGGAGAACCAGGGGCUAUAUCUGUUCUUAGUUCUGUAUUUUUUGAAUGGGGCAUUAUUUAAGAUUGAGAGGAAAUUACUUUUAAAGAAUAACCAGGCAUCCUCUACUGACGGAAUGAGAUCUAUAUCCAUCCAGGAUACCUGGGCCAGGUCAAUUAGGAAGUCCUGCUCGCUAAAGUGUUUUAGGGAGCGUUUGACAGUGAUGAGGGGUGGUCGUUUGACCGCGGACCCGUUACGGACGCAGGCAAUAAGGCAGUGAUCGCUGAGAUCCUGGUUGAAGACAGCGGAGGUGUAUUUAGAGGGUAAGUUAGUCAGGAUGAUAUCUAUGAGGGUACCCAUGUUUAUGGAUUUAGGGUUGUACCUGGUAGGUUCGUUGAUAAUUUGUGUGAGAUUGAGGGCAUCUAGUUUGGAUUGUAGGAUGGCCGGGGUGUUAAGCAUAUCCCAAUUUAGGUCACCAAGCAGUACGAACUCUGAGGAUAAAUGGGGGGCAAUCAAUUCACAUAUGGUGUCCAGGGCACAGCUGGGGGCUGAGGGGGGUCUGUAGCAAGCGGCAACAGUGAGAGACUUAUUUCUGGAAAGGUGGAUUUUUAGAAGUAGAAGCUCAAACUGUUUGGGCACAGACCUGGAUAGUAUGAUAGAGCUCUGCAGGCUAUCUCUACAGUAAAUUGCAACUCCACCCCCUUUGGCAGUUCUAUCUAGACGGAAAAUGUUAUAGCUGGGGAUGGACAUUUCAGAAUUUUUGGUGGCCUUCCUAAGCCAGGAUUCAGACACUGCUAGAACAUCAGGGUUGGCGGAGUGUGCUAACGCAGUGAAUAGCUCAAACUUAGGAAGGGGACUUCUGAUAUUAACAUGCAAGAAACCAAGGCUUUUACGGUUACAGAAGUCAACAAAUGAUAGCACCUGGGGAGUAGGAGUGAUACUGGGGGCUGCAGGGCCUGGGUUAGUCUCUACAUCACCAGAGGAACAGAGGAGGACUAGAAUAAGGAUACGGCUAAAGGCUUUAAGAACUGGUCUUCUAGUGCGUUGGGUACAGAGAAUAAAGGGGGCACAUUUCCGGGCGUUGUAGAAAAGAUUCAGGGCAUUAUGUACAGACAAGGAUAUGGAAGGAUAAGAGUACAGUGGAGGUAAACCUAAGCGUUGGGUAACAAUGAAAGAGAUAGCAUCACUGGAGGCACCGAUUGAGUCGGUCUCCACGUGUAUGGGGGGUGGGACAAAGGAGCUAUCUAAGGCAGGUUUAGCUGGGCUGGGGGAUCUACAGUGAAAUAGUACAAUAAGAAAUAACCGAAACAGCAAUAAGCAAACCAUAUUGACAUGGGAGAGAGGCAUAAAGCAAUCACAGUUGUAAUUUGAGAGAGCUAAGACAACAGCUGGUAAUGGCGACACAGUUUGGGCUGAGGCUAAACAUAAACAGGAUGCGGUACCGUAAAAAGGAACAGUCCAGCAGGCAUCAGCUGUAUAGCUGAGUUAUCAUAAGGUCCGGUGAACAGCAAUAGGAUAGUUCGGAGGUAGUUCGGGGGCUGCUAAAGCACUAGCGAGCAAGAGGCCACAGCUAGCGUGUGCUAGCGGGCCGGGGCUAGCAGAUGGAAUCUUCGUGGUCGACGUCGUAACGGGAAGCCUGUUGUAACCACAUCAGACGAUUUCGUCGGCAGACCAGUCGUGUUGGAUCGGCGGGGCUCCGUGUCAACACUAGGUGGUCCCGUCCGGUUGACAGAGAGGUAGAUAGCCGGGAGAUGGGCCUGGCUCAAAGCUAGCUCAGGCUGAUUAGCCAAACCACAACGGCAAUUUUGUUGCAGCUAGCUGGUAGCGAUGAAUCCGGUGUUAAAGGUCCAGUGAUUCAGUGAUUCCGGCAGAAAAACCGAGUCAUUCAGAAGCUGUCAGAAACUGUACUACUGUACAGUACAGUCGUGGUCAAAAGUUUUGAGAAUGACACAAAUACUAAUUUUCACAAAGUCUGCUGCCUCAGUUUUGAUGAUGGCAAUUUGCCAUGAAAAUGAACUUAAUCCAAAAAAACAUUUCCACUGCAUUUCAGCCCUGCCACAAAAGGACCAGCUGCAUCAUGUCAGUGAUUCUCUCGUUAACACAGGUGAGAGUGUUGACGAGGACAAGGCUGGAGAUCACUCUGUCAUGCUGAUUGGGUUAGAAUAACAGGCUGACAGCUUUAAAAGGAGGGUGGUGCUUGAAAUCAUUGUUCUUCCUCUGUUAACCAUGGUUACCUGCAAGGAAACACGUGCCAUCAUCAUUGCUUUGCACAAAAAGGGCUUCACAGGCAAGGAUAUUGCUGCUAGUAAGAUUGCACCUAAAUCAACCAUCAAGAACUUCAAGGAAAGAGGUUCAAUUGUUGUGAAGAAGGCAUCAGGGUGCCCAAGAAAGUCCAGCAAGCACCAUGACCGUCUCCUAAAGUUGAUUCAGCUGUGGGAUCGGGGCACCACCAGUGCAGAGCUUGCUCAGGAAUGGCAGCAGGCAGGUGUGAGUGCAUCUGCACGCACAGUGAGGCGAAGACUUUUGGAGGAUGGCCUGGUGUCAAGAAGGGCAGCAAAGCCACUUCUCUCCAGGAAAAACAUCAGGGACAGACUGAUAUUCUGCAAAAGGUACAGGGAUUGGACUGCUGAGUACUGGGGUAAAGUCAUUUUCUCUGAUGAAUCCCCUUUCCGAUUGUUUGGGGCAUCCGGAAAAAAGCUUGUCCGGAGAAGACAAGGUGAGCGCUAUCAUCAGUCCUGUGUCAUGCCAACAGUAAAGCAUCCUGAGACCAUUCAUGUGUGGGGUUGCUUCUCAGCCAAGGGAGGGGGCUCACUCACAAUUUUGCCUAAGAACACAGCCAUGAAUAAAGAAUGGUACCAACACAUCCCCCGAGAGCAACUUCUCCCAAGCAACUUCUCCAGGAUGAUGGAGCACCUUGCCAUAAGGGGAACAAAACAUCGACAUUUUGGGUCCAUGGCCAGGAAACUCCACAGACCUUAAUCCCAUUGAGAACUUGUGGUCGAUCCUCAAGAGGCGGGUGGACAAACAAAAACCCACAAAUUCUGACAAACUCCAAGCAUUGAUUAUGCAACAAUGGGAUGCCAUCAGUCAGGAUGUGGCCCAGAAGUUAAUUGACAGCAUGCCAGGGCGGAUUACAGAGGUCUUGAUUUAACAGUCUAAAAAUGAAUGUAGCAACUGCGGAUUGCCCCUUUAAUGCAUUAUUCAGUUAUUCAGUUAUACAGGCCUUUUAACAUUUCCAUGGAGUCAGUCCUUCAAACCACCCAACGUUAUGGGAGGGGGUUCCGUUUUCUCCUUUCAAAUACAGUAGUACUGUGUAGUGUUUGUGAUAUUGUGCAGUAGCUGUCUUACAAUCUCUUUCAUUCACACGGUAACAAAAUGCCUGGCUAUCCUGUAGUGUUUGUGAUAUUGUAUAGUUGUAGCUCAAUCGGUUUAAUAAAAAGGAUACGAGGCUCCCAGCGAGGCUCCCUGUGAGCUGCUUUAAGACAACCACCAAUGUGGAAGGUUCCUGUCAACAGCAUAUCCUCUCUAGUUCUAUAAAUAGAUAACAAGGGCAACCUGUGGAGAAAAAAAGUCAUUUUGAAAGUGCUUCCUGUGGACCUGUGGAGAAAGAGAGUCAUCUUGAAAGGGAUUCCUGUGGGCCUGUGGUGAAAGAAAGUAAUCUUGAAAGGGCUUUCUGUGGACAUAAUCGAUACAACAUUAUCACCACCAAGCUAUGAGGAUCCCACAGUGAAUGACUGAUCAUAGAGAGAUCAUAUGAAUAGAAGUGAAAGAAGUCAUUACAGAACUGAACAUAAAGGUUUAUGAUUUUAAUCCCAUGGCAGAGAGCAAAGAGUGACGCAGGUGUUCAUAAGUGUUCCUUUGGUGCCUUUUUUAAGAACAGGAAGUUGAAAAUUAUACAUUAGGCUUAAGUUAGACUUUAGUAUGGGUUUGUGUGUGUGUGUGUGUGUGUGUGUGUGUGUGUGUGUGUGUGUGCCAAACACAUCACAUAGAUCUCAAAAUAAUCUGUCGCUGAUCCUAAUACAUUUUCGUAAAGCUGCUCUGUGUCGCCUUCAGACUCAUUCAUCAGUAUUCUAAAGUUGUGGCACUGGAAUCUUGUGGCAACAGUGAUCUGUCUUCAUAAACCACUAUAGGCUCUUCAGAAUGCAUAUAAAAUGCAUUUGUAAUUGAUUGAUAAUAUUCGCCCUGACUAGGCACUGAUAAAGGCUAACUAUUCCCUCCACUCUCUUGUGCUUCAAGUUUUAGGUGAGACUUGAUUGAUUUAACAGUCAAUUGGUUUGAUUGAAGUAGUUUUCUUAGGUGCUUUGCCUUUUGGGUAAAAAGACUAAGAAAUCUCUCAUUCUGAUUGGGAAUGAAAACACCAGAUAGUUUGGUAUAAUUUCAAAUACAAAUGAAAAUACUUUGAGGCUGUCACGACUUCCUCCGAGGCUGCCUCCUCUCCUUGUUCGGGCAGGCUUCGGAGUUCGUCACCGGCCUUCUAGCCACUGCCGCUCCUCAUCUCAUCAUUCCAUUUGUUUUGUCUUGUUUAUUACACACACCUGGUUCAUAUCCCCUCAUCAGUACCUGUAUAAGUAUUCCCUCUGCCCCCUUGUCUUUGUGUGUGAUUGUUUAUUGUGGAGGAUAGCGAAGCUCGGUGGAGCGCCGUGUAUUUUGUAUCUCCGGGUUAUUUCCCCGUGUGCCUUGUAUUUUCCAGUGCGCCUGUUUUGCGCACUGGAGUGUUUUUAACGCAUUACUGCGUAACUCUAUGUUUCAGAAUGUAGUGUCUAAAGGUCUAUUGAUUUAGCUGACAUUUGCAAAUGGUGUAAUAGAUGAACUUUACUCUGCUUUGCUGAAGCAUUUGGAAAAGCAUUGCUACAUAGGCUUCUUGGAAUAGAGGACAUUUGGAGAUAUGUGGGAAAGCCGGGGAUUGGUCUGUCAAAAACCACCCAUCUUAUGUUACAUAGGAUAAAUACCAUGUUUUGAACAAAGGACGGGGAGAAACAACAUAUUAACAGAUUGGGAUGUUGUUCUCCAGAUAUCUGCAGAUGUCUGUAAAUUGACGCUGGAAUACUUUGAAAUAAUAAACCUUUAUAAUCAAAGUACAGUGUAAGCGGACUUCUUAUCAUCACAGCAUAAUUAGCAACAUAUUUUGAGACACCACACAGAAUAAAUCCUGUUAUUCUGUGAUUUACCCUCCUGUGCCUGACUCCUUCUAAAUCACCUCAUCACAGAGGCAGUGAUUGUAGAUAUCAUAAAAUAGUUUUUUCAUCAAAGGACUUCUCUUCUCAUUUCAGUGGAAUGCUUGUGUCAGCAAUGCAUACAGUGGAAGAAUUUCAUUUGAAUUUGAUGAUCUGUUCAUUUCCUGAAGUUGAACAUUGUCUAAGCGGGAAUUAUGUUUUGCCUUUGAUCACACUCAAUAGUUAGUCUCUCAGCUACUGCUGCACAACUUCUAAAACGUAUGAUAACAUUUUCAAACAUCAAUAGAAAUGUUUAUAUCUUUGAAAGUGAAUAGAAGAACUUAAAUCUCUUGUAUUCUUCCUCUCCUAUUCUCUCUUUCAUUCGUCUGCUGUACUUUAUAUUCCCCUUUCUCUUUAAUUCAUUCCAUGAAAUUCUCCCUCUCUCUUUCUCUCUCUCUCUCUCCCUGUCUCUGUUUUUCUCUUUCUCUCUCCCUCCCUCUGUCUCUCUCUCUCUGUCUGUCUGUCUGUCUCUCUUCUUUCUCUCUCUCUCUGUCUCUCUUUCUGUCUCUCUCUCUGACAGUCUGGGAGCGCUGGUUGGCCUGUCCAUAGCAGCUGUGGUCCUGCUAGCCUUCAUCAUCACGAUCUGUGUCCUGUGCUAUCUGUUCAUCGCAACCAAACCCAGAGGCCUGGACAACGGCCUGCCCCUCAGAGCACCAGGUAUGUCACCAACAGUGUGACCCGCUAUUACAAGGCAAGGGUCGUAUUCACUAGGCACCAAACAGAAGAAAACUGACUAAAACAGGGUGGGACUACCUGGACUUAAUAAGAACAGCUUGUUUUUGUUUUCUGUUAAAAAACGUUUUGCUACGUUGUGCCCCAAUGAAUACCACUCAUGCCAAAAUCGCUCAAUGCCACAGGAGCCUAUAGAAACCGCCGUAUUAUCAUAUGUUGAGUUGAAGGAUGAUGACAAUAACACAUCAUUUUAUUUGAAGUGUGUUUAUCCCACCCUCAAGGUGUUGCAAUGCUACAGUACAUGAUGGAAACAGAAGAUAUGAACAGAAGUGAAGCUCACCUCUAUGGAAAUAAUUUUAAUUUUAAAUGCCAGAAGGGCUUGGGGCAUUUGUCUUCUGUGGUUCCAGUAGCACUCAGAUUCAGAUCGGAAUGACUUUUGGUGUAUAGGAUGGAGUAAGAUGCCCAUUCCUUAGUAGGAACAAAUAACAUUGAAAAGGGGGGCUGAUUAUGAAUGCUCUAGCAAAGGGCUCUUACAGAUACCAAGGCUGUACUUAAUAUAGGUAGCCUUCUGACAAUAAAAGUGCAGAGAGAGAGAGAGAGAGAGAGAGAGAGAGAGAGAGAGAGAGAGAGAGAGAGAGAGAGAGAGAGAGAGAGAGAGAGAGAGAGAGAGUGUGUGUGUCCUGUGAGUGUGCAUAGAGAUACAAAAAAAAUACAAGGGUAAACUUAGAUAGUCCGUGUAGCCAUUUUGUUAGCUAUUUAGCAAUCUUAUGGCUUGGAGAUUGAAUCUGUUCAGGAGACUGUUGGUGUCAGACUUGAUGCACCGGUACCGGUUGCCGGGCGGAAGCAGAGAGAACAGUCUAUGGCUUGGCUGUCUGGAGUCUUUAAAAAGUUUCCGGCCCAUCCUUUCACACCGCCUGAUAUAGAGGUCCUGGAUGGCAGGGAGCUCGGCCCCAGUGAUGUCCUUGGCUGUCCGCACCACCCUCUGUAGCACUAUGCGAUCGGGGUGGUGCUGUUGCCAUACCAAGCAGUGAUGCAGCCAGUCAAAAUGCUCUCAAUGGUGCAGCUGUAUAACUUUUUGAGGAUUUAAGGGGCCAUGCCAAUCCUUUUCAACCUCCUGAGGGGGAAGAGGCGCUGUCACGCCUUCUUAACGACUGUGUGUGUGGACCAUUUUAAGUCCUUAGUGAUUUGGACACAGAGGAACUUGAAGCUCUCGACCCGCUCCACUGCAACCCCAUCAAUGUGAAUGGGGGCGUGCUCACCCCCCUGUUUUCUUUAGUCCACGAUCAGCUCCUUGGUCUUACUGACGUUGAGGGAGAGGUUGUUGUCAUGGCACCACACUGCCAGGUCACUGACCUCCUCCCUAUAGUCUGUCUCAUUAUCGCCGGGGAUCAGGCCUACCACCGUCGUGUCGUCAGCAAACUUGAUGAUGGUGUUGGAGUCGUGCGUGGCCAAAAGUUGUGGGUGAACAGAGAGUAGAGGAGGUGACUAAGCACACACCCCUGUGGGGCCCCCGUGUAGAGGGUCCGCAUUGCGGAGGUGAUGUUGCCUAUCCUCACCACCUGGGGUCGGCCCAUCAGGAAGUCCAGGGUCCAUUUGCAGAGGGAGGUGUUCAGUCCCAGGGUCCUAAAAUAGGUGACAAGCUUGGAGGGGACAAUGGUGUUGAACGCUGUGCUGUAGUCAAUGAACAGCAUUUUCACAUAGGUAUUCCUGUUAUUUAGGUGGGUGAGGGCAGUGUGGAGUGCAAUUGAGAUUGCGUCUUCUCUGGAUCUGUUGGGGUGGUAUGCAAAUUGGAGUGGGUCUAGGGCAGGGGUGUCAAAGUCAAAUGGACGGAGGGCCAAAUAAAAAAUUUAGCUACAAGCCGAGGGCCGGACUGUUCGAAUGUUCAUUGAAAAAAUUUUAAAUGACGCAUAUAGUCUAGUGAACCUAAUUGAACCUACUGAAAACCUAACAAAUAUAUUCCAAUAUGAUCAGAUAAAUAAAGCAAUAUUUUCUUAUGGCUCUGUCAGUAAUCUUUAAUUUUCAACAGACACAAAAGACAAAUUUCCUUUAUAUAAAAAUCCCCAUAACAUGAACAUUAAAUGAAAGAAACCGGUAUUCAAGGCACCAUCAGUAGCCUAUAUUUUCUAUUUUAGCAAAAGUGGGCUAAAUUUACUUCAAAGAAAAAAACAAUAAUAGCAAUUUUCUAUCAUCCACUCAACUGAAAUAUUUUUAAAAUAUAAUUGGAUUGAAAUACAAUAAAAUAAAGUGCAAAAAUCUAUUAAUCAAAAACAACACUUUGUUUAAGGAGAAGUAACAUGCAGUGAAAACAAAUAUUAAACUUUAACUUUUAAACUUGAACUGAGUAAAAACUCUAAAUAUGUGAUUGCACAGUAAUGUUCACUUGUUUGAGGUUGAGGGUGAUACUUGGUGGUGUCCCAUCUUUUCCACAAGUUCAUCAAUGUUCGGGGUAAGGCUCUGAGCUGAGGAAAUCCUCAGAAUUGAGUGGAGGUGUUCAGCAGUAAGUCGACUUCUGUGUGAUGUUUUGUUCAGGUUCAUCAAAGAAAACAGUUGUUCACACAGGUAUGUGCUGCCAAACAUAGACAACGUUUGAGCAGCCUGGAUGCGCAGCUGGGGCAUUGUGUCGGGGAGGAAACGGGCGAACUCCGCAGCACCCACUGCCGCAUAUUUUGCCCUCAGUGCAUCAUUGCAUUGGAGGUCAAUCAACUCCAUUUGGAGGUUUGGUGGUGAGCUUUCCACGUCAACAGCAAAUGGGUUACCGAGCAGUUCCAACCUGCUUUUUUGUGCUUCAAAGUCAGCAAAUCGGCGUCGAAAGUCAGCGGCAAGCAUACCUAUUUUAUCAGCCAACUGUGCGCUCGGGAACGCACUGGUAGAGAGCUUCUCUUUCAUGGUCUGGCAGCUGGGAAAGUGGCUCAAAUUUUCUUUCCGCAUCUGCGUCUCCCACAGAGUCAGUUUGGUUUUAAAUGCCUUCACUGUACUGUACAUAUCAGAGAUGACAUGAUCCCGACCCUGCAGCUGCAAGUUCAUUGCAUUCAGAUGACUCGUAAUGUCACACAGAAAAGCCAUUUCACACAGAAACAUUUCGUCUCGGAGUUGUGUUGUGUCUUUCCCUUUGCUGUCCAAGAACAGACAAAUCUCCUCACGAAGCUCGAAACAUCUUUGAAGCACCUUUCCCUGGCUUAGCCAUCGCACCUCUGUGUGAUAAGGCAAAUCACCAUGCUCCGUUUCUAACUCCGUCAGAAAUGCCUUGAACUGGCGGUGAUUCAAACCUUUGGCUCUGAUAAAGUUAACUGUGCGCGUGAUGAUGCUCAUUACAUGCUCCAUUUUCAAGGCUUUACCGCACAACGCUUCCUGGUGUAUGAUACAAUGAUAAGCUGUCAGCUCACCUGUCGCGUUUUCCUCUUGCAUCUUUUCCCGUAUCUUGACGCAUAUAGUAUUGGUGCGUGUAAAAGAUCUGCGGGCUGCCGGCUUGCUGCGGUCUGCGGGCCGGUUCUAAUAAUAAAUCAAGAUCAUCCCAGGGGCCGUAAAAAACCUUCUCGCGGGCCGGAUGUGGCCCGCGGGCCUUGACUCUGACAUAUGUGGUCUAGGGUGUCUGGGAUGAUGGAGUUGAUGUGUGAUAUAACCAGCCUUUCAAAGCACUUCAUGAUUACAGAUGUGAGUGCUACAGGGCGGUAGUCAUUGUGGCAUGAAGCCUUAGAGUUCUUGGGAACAGGAACGAUGUUGGUCAGCUUAAGACAUGUUGGGAUUACAGACUGGGACAAGGAGAGGUUGAAAAUGACCGUGAACAUGCCUGCCAGCUGUUCUGCUCAUGCUCUGAGAACGCACCCUGGAAUACUAUCCGGCCCCACAGCCUUGCGAGUGUUGACCUGAUUAAAGAUCUUACUAAUGUCGGCCUUGGAGAACGAGAUCACCCAGUCCUCUGGGUCGAUGGUGGCCCUCACACACGGCACGGUGUUGUUAUUGUCGAAGCGUGCAUAAAAUGCAUUGAGUUCGUCUGGUAAAGAGGCAUCGUUGGGCAGAUCACGGUUGGGUCUUUCUUUAUAAUCUGUAAUGGACUGUAGCCGCUGUCACAUGCGGCGGGUGUCGGAACCUGUGUAAUAUGAUUCCACCUUAUUCCUAUAUUGUCCUUUUGCUCGUUUGAUGACUCUGUGGAGGUCGUAGUGGGACUUCUUGUACAUGUUCCUGUCCUCAGCCAUUGCCUCAGGGUUGUCUGCGAAACCCCUGUGUGCGGUAGCCCUGUCCUUUAGGUUAGCUCGUCGAUAUUAUCGGCAGAGUCUCUGAACAUAUUCCAGUCAGUGCUAGCAAAGCAGGCCUGUAGCAUACUUUCUGAUUCUGAUGACCAAUUCUCAAUGGAGCAAGUCACGGGUACUUCCUGUUUGAGCUUCUGCUUGUAAACUGGAAACAGGAGUACAGAGUCAUUAUCUAAUUUGCCAAAUGGGGGACGUGGGAGUAGGGCUGUGGCGGUCAUGAAAUUCUGUCAGCCGGUGAUUGUCAAGCAAAUAACUGCCGGUCUCACGGUAAUUUACCGUUAAUUAGCAUAAACACGUUUAGCAUCACCUGGCUGCCAUGCAUAGCCUACAAGCCACUGAUGCAGACCUUUGGAACAUCUACAUUUAAAAAAGUAUAAUAAAUCCAUUUAAUAGAGCCUACACCAUCACAAUAAAUCCAUUAUUUAUUUUAGACAGGUCUAAAGAAACAUGAUAUGAAGAAAAUGUAGUCUAUUUCAGAAGAACAGAAUAGCAUACUCUGAGUUGUCCUUAUGUUAGGCCCUGAUAUGGCUAUGCCAUAUGGCUGUGGGCUACACUGGUUAAUUUAGCAGACAAGAUUUGCUUAGAAUUCCGUGACAUUGUUUUUUUAUUAUUUUAUAGUAUGAAGAAUACAACUGAACAUAAACAUUAAUAAAAUAGAAAGGAUAUUUACUCCAAAUGAUUUAAAAGGAUGUGCGCACAUGCGGCUAUUCUGUGUUGAGCGGUAAACAAAGAAACUGGUCCUCUUAUAUGCUUAAUUUAGAGUUAUUUAUGCAACUUUAGUUGUGAUACAAACGUUGGGCUAUAUGUUUUGAUUUUUAAUACAUUCCAAGGCUGCAUGAUGGCACUCUAAUGAUGAUUUGAAAAAAAGUUGCAAGCUGCAAACACUUCAUCAGUCUCUCAUUCACAAUUUGACAAGCACUUGAUAAUAUUCUCACCAGGCCUCGAAUUUCCCAGUGGCAUCCCCCUUUCGUGGCCGUAAUGCCCCCUAAAAGAUCCAUGCCUUUUGCAGCCAAAGUGGCCGUUGUGCCCUUGGCCUGAAUAUAAUAGGCUAAUUAUAAUUCCCUUCUCCUGGCUGCCGGCUGCCGUGCUCCGAAGCACCUCUCACUCACAUGGCUUGCUCAGAUGUAGCAAAUGCCUUCACAUGAAUGGGUCCUUCUCACAGGUAGUUCAGCUAAGAAGUAGGCUACAAGUGAGUGAAGAUAGACACAUCAGGGAAGCAACUGCGCGCGUCCCUCUUAUCAAAUUCCGAGGCGCAUAUUGAAGAUGUUAGAACUGUCCACAUUUAGCCUAUUUUUUGUCAGCCAACAAGAUGAGUAGGCCUAACGAACAGCAAAAGCACUAGCCUAUGUCAAUCUACUAUCCCCCAUAGUACAAAAGUUGACCUAUUCUAUUGGUCAACUUGUCCUUCUGUGCAAUAAAUAAAUAUUCCAAACAUACUCUGGGACAGUUGUGGGAUGCAAUAGAUUCCAAAUUAAUACAAUCACUCGCAUCAAAAAAAUUUGAUAGUUUAGCUUAAAAUGUUGAUGAACUAUUAUGCUAUUUUUUCACAUUAUAAGCGCAGCAAUGUGCACACGGCAGUAGGCUAUAAGCGCAAAUGUUCCAAAGUGCAAUAAAUUAGCGGGAAAACACUGUUCUCGAAAGUGACUGCAAAUGCGAUUAUGCAUGUAAUGCUUUAUUAUAAAGGUGCAUUUUUAUGGUGAAAAUUAUCUUCCCCAAACUUGAAAUGCCAGUAUACCAGUUCGGCUCUACACCGGUUAUAAAGCAGAUUAAUGUGCUUAAUUUUAAGAAGUUAUAUGGCCACUUUAGUUAUGAUACAAACCUUAUCAAAACAUAUAGGCUUAUGGGCUAGGAUACAUGAAGUGUAUCUAUGAUUUGAAAAAGGCGCAAAAAAAAGGUAUGAGCUGUUUCUUGCCUUAAUGCACUAGCUGGGCAUCAUUCACAAGUGAUAAUAUAUCAUUCACAAGUGAUAGGCUAAUAUUGUCACCCUUCAGACUAUUCUUAAUUUAAUAUUGUCUUUACAUAUACUAAAUAAUAGAUAUGUGUGACAUUAGUUUUGAUUUAGAAUGGACCAUAUUAUGCACCUGUCUCGGAACAGGGGCAUGGGAAAAAAAUACAUGUAAUCUCUGCACUAAAAUAGCAAAUGGAGGACGCUUUUCCCAUGGUUCAUUUUCAUGCCAGCCAGGUAGGCUAUACUCCUGUUGUAAAGCGAAGCAACGUGCUUAAUAUUAGGAAAGUUGAUAAAUAAAUAUAGUAGGCCUAGCCUAUACAAAGCUGAUGGGAUCCUCCUCUUUUUAAUAGAGGCCAUCAAAACUCUGCUUUCUCACGCAAUUGCAUAGCCUAUAGAAAUGUUGCGCAACAUGAGCUUAUGGGCUCUCAUGAAGUGUUUGAUUUAGAUUUGGAUUUAUUUGCAUUUCAAGCAGUAAAAUUUGAUUUAAAAAACAGAUAGAAAUACACCUUAUGGAACAGCGGUGACUGUGAAGCAACACAAACAUAGGCACACACAAUAAAAUAGCACUAUACACACACUUACACAUUGAUUUUGUGUUGUAGAUAUGUGGUAGUGGAGUAGGGGCCUGAGGGCACACACUUAGUGUGUUGUGAAAUAUGUUGUGAAUGUAUUGUAAUGUUUUAAAAAUUGCAUAACUGCCUUAAUUUUGCUGGACCCCAAGAAGAUUAGCUGCUGCCUUGACAAAAUACAAAUACAAAUGUCAGAGUGAUUAGAGUGACAAUAGAGUGCUGAGUACCAGGCAGUUAGCAAGUUUGGUAGGCUAUUAAUGACCAUUUGCAGCAUCAGAGCUUGGAGAAGCAUAAUUACCAUGACUAAACGGUCACACGGUAUAUUUUACUGCUGUCAUGACUCGUAACUGCCGGUGUGGCAGUAAUACGGUCACCAUAACAGCGCUACACGGGAGGGCCUGUAUGCUUGCUUGUGGGUAGAGUAACAGUGGUCUAGGACUUUAUCGCCUCUAGUGGCGAAGAAGACAUGUUGAUGGAAGUUGGGCAUCGCGUGUCUUAAUGACGUGGAAUUAAAAUCACCGGCAACAAGGAAAUCAGCCUCCGGGUGCAAGUCUACCUUCUUGUUUAUAGCCUCAUACAGUUCGUUAAGUGCCAGCUUGCUAUAUUUAUUGUCCUGAGGUGAAAUGUGUACAACAGUCACAAUAACAGCUGAAAACUCCCUCGAGAAGUAGAAGGGUCGGUAUUUGACCAUCAGGUGAACAAUGGGUCGAGACUUCCACUGCGCUCGAGUAAGCACACCAUUUGUUGUUGAUGAAGAGGCAAACCUCUCCCCCUCUUGAUUUCCCUGUCUCCACUGUCCUUUCCGCUCGGUUAAUAGAAGAUCCAUUGAGUUGGAUAACCAUGGAGGAAGCCUGCAGGAAGCCAGAAAGCGUCCGUUAAUAGAUAAGUUCACAGUUAAUUUCUUCUCACACCGGCUGAGAUAAUUAUCUGUGUUUGUGUUUGCGUUUGUGUGCGCUUGCGCAUGCGUGUGUGCGUGGUUGCCUCCACAUGAGAGAACCCACUACCUUCCUUCACCCAACAUUCUGCCUGAGUUACUUAAUGAGUCUAAAGCCCAUGGUACACGGGCAAGGAUCCUUCUAAUCCUUCUCUUUUUCGAAAAAUAUUUUCUAUGGCCUUGAACAUGUCUUGGGAAAAGUAUUCAAAUGCUGACUUUUCACAUUUUGUAGCCUUGGAGCUUUCAAUUUGCGCAGCACAUUCAAAACAUGACCCUGUAUAAAGCGUACAUUCUCAUUUGUUUUUAUUUCUCAUGUGUUUGUAUUUUAUCUUAUUUUCUUACCUUUGAUAUACUGCAUUGUUGGGAAAGAGCUUGCUAGUAAGCAUUUCACUGUACUGUUUACACCUGCUGUAUCCUGUUCACGUGACAAAUAAACUCUGAUUUUGAUAUUUUUUAUAUGCAUGAACUGAACUGGGUGAAUACUUUUUCAAACUGUGUGUGUGUGUGUAUGUUUGUGUGUGUCUGUUUGUGUGCCAGCCAGGCCAGCGUAAUAACAAAAUAUACCCCAUGCUGCCAUGCUGAGAAAAACAAUGAAUGCUGCUUUGCCCUUGAUAUUUGAUGAGGAAUCAGAAGAAAAAACAACCAAUCCACAGUGGACUGGACUACUGAUGUUAAUCCUCUGUGAUCAGUUUCAAAGUGGGGGAUGGAACUGAGCUGAUAUUGAAAGGGACGGCUGUCUGCUCGUAAUUGUAAUGUAGAUUAAUGCGGAAUUCAGAGUGCCUUUCGUUAACUACACAACUCUACUCUCAAAAUGAAAGCUUCAUUAAACAAAAACAAAAUGUAGGUCUGAAAAUCAAAAGUCUGUAGCAUUCUCAAAGUAAGGAUUCAGGGUAGUCAUUUUCAUAUGAAAGGCACUCUCACUCACUAACAUUCACUCUCAAUAUGCACCGUUUGACCAGUCGAGCAAUGCCAACCAAUAACUCCCAUUGUGAUCGCCUUUGUCAGAUUGAUAAAGGGAACAGAAUCCAUCAGCUAACUGUCUACAGAGAUCAUGGAGUUUUAGGUUUUUAUAGUGAAAAGAAAGGCUAUAUAAUUAGAAUUCAAUUAGAUGUUGGACAAGCUUGUAGGAGUCCAUUAUUUGUCACUCAGUGUAAUCAGUUUGUGUGAAUGUGGAAGUAGACUGAUUCAUUUUACAAGAUGGUAUUUUUGUCCCUAAUAACAAUAGCGAAAGAUUUUUCCUAUGACAUGUCAAAUUGAUUUUUAUACAGUCUCUAUCUAGCAUUCCUCCUUGUCCUUUCCACUUGAGAUUUCAGUUGGUCAUCCAAUUGUAUGCUUUCCAGCAUGGCUACUCAGAAACCAUAUUUCUUAUGAAUAAGUUGCUACUGGUUCUGGAGUAUAAGGAAAAUAACUAACUCUCAAUAUCAGUCAGCAGAUAUUUAUAACAAUUUAGAGCGGGGACCCAUAGAGAGAAAAGCUCUCCAUCUCAAAGCAAUGUAUUGCAUGAUUCUUCAUCAGACACACCUGAGGGGGUACUUACUUUAAAUAAAUACAAAAUUGAACAAAUGCGAAAACAUUGUAUUUCCAGGUGCUGAACCCAGUCCGCGAGAGGGGCCGAGUCAGAGUCACCCCAGCAGCGCCCCUACGGGUCCCCAAGGGUUUAAGAAGCACUUCCUGAGUGGUAAACUGGACUGUGACAACCAGCCUCCAGACCCAGACCGCCUCUUCCAGAGGUGCUUCAUGGCCACAGUCACCACCAUCAACGUGGAGGGGUCCUCAUAG